CACCCCGCCCGACCGCAAGCGCACACAAAUGCAAAAGCUAGCCAAGUUCAGAGAAGAUCCAUAUACAUCCUUCGUAGCGAUCCAUGGAGAGCAUCGACCACCACGACGAAGCGGCCACCCGCCUGUCCCUUUCCCCUCCCCAUCCGUCAGCGCCACUCUCCCAGCCACGCUGGGUGCCGACCAGGGAGCAGCUCGCCGUGCUGGACGGGCUGUACCGCCAGGGGAUGCGCACGCCCACCGCCGAGGAGAUACAUCAGGUGACGGCGAGGCUGCAGGAGCACGGCCCCAUCGAGGGUAAGAACGUCUUCCACUGGUUCCAGAACCAGAUGGUCCAGCUUCGUCAGAUGGAGAAGCAGCAACGAUCCGACUACUUCGCCAGACAGUUUCGCCGUCCCCAGCCGCUACCCGUGCUCCACAGCCCCCCCGGCCACCCCUUCUCCCCGUUCCAGCUGCAGGCGCCGCCGGCGCCGAAUACUCCUGCAUGCAACGGAGAAGCAACGUACAUGCAGCAGCCAUGCUACAUGUCAGGGCCAGCAACGCAGGCCGCAGCUAAUCCAACCUACUACUCACAGAUGCAGCCGCCGAUAAUGUACCCAAGUGCGGAGACGAUGGCGCAUGGCAAUGCACAGGCACAGGCACAGGCACAGGCGCAGGCCGCCAUGUAUUACCAGGCAGCAUCUCCGAACAACUCCAACACUCAACAAACGCACGCGCUCCAGCUCCCCCCGACCGCCGGCAGCUACGGGGCGCGUAACGCCUACUCCAACCGCCCCGUGCUUCUGAAUCUGUUCCCACAGUACCCCACCUUUGCAAAUCGCAAGAAGACCCGCCGUGUUAGGAGCGUUGGCUCCGCGAGGCCAUCAACCUCAGGGUCGAUCUCUUGGGAGACGGAGAGUCCCAAGAUCCCCAACAGACAGAUCGUUGUCGAUCUAUGACUUCUUUGGUGAAGGCCACUGAAGGUGAUGCAUGAUUGCCGUGCUGGACAAGUACUUUGUUGAAAUCAUAUAGGCUAUCUCCCAGUCUCAUGGACAAGCCAUUGAGUAGAUGUACCCGUUUUCUUUCAUGGAAUAUUUAUUUGCAAUGUUGCUUUACUUAUAUUUAAUUAGGAGGAAAGUGUAUUGCUUCAUAAACUUGAAGCGUGCAUCGGAAACCAUGUUAAAUGUCAUUGAAUUAGUGCAGUUAU